UUGCUCUCUUUAACCAGGUUGACUGACCGAAGCAAAGGAGCGGAUUCUCCAAGUCUCCCAGCUCCAGUUUGUUGCUCUUUCCCCGAUUCCUUUUCAACUCUCAGAGUCAGUCAUCGCGCGCGUCCUGCCCUUCCCUGUCGCGUCCAGGCAUGGCCAUGGCCAUGGAAACGACCUCCUCCCGAGGCCGGCGUCUACGCCUUCGCGUUCUUCUUCUCUCCCCUAGCUAUGGCUGAUGAGCCAAGAUCGGAGCGCUGCUGCUGCUGCUGGAUUUUAGUUGAUUUGUUUUUAUCGUUUUUCCGGUUUUUUUCUUAUUGUUGUUGAUUUUUUAUUUCUUUAGAGCGUGUGGGGGUUAUUGUUGGUGUUGACGUUGAAAGUUGAGAGUUCGGUGCGAGAGGGAGGGGGCGAGAGGAAGGUGGAUGAGGCGUGGACUAGUCAUGGUGGUGGCCAUUGAGGGACGGAGCCGCGUGGGUUAGCGGAGUCGUGGGAGUGCGGUAGGCGGGUAGUGGUGGUGGAAGUGGUAUAGGUGAGGGUCUGGAGCGUGGGAGGGUUUCAGGAAGCGUUCCGUCGCAGUGUCUGGUAGCUGCCGGGGAGGGGUGGUUGGAUGCCGAGUUGAAGGGGGAGCGGGUGUGGUUGGACCGACAGAGCAGCGGGAGGGAAUGAAGGAUAUUUUGUAGUUUUUGGAUGCUAGAUUAGUUUGUCAGGGUUGUGAAUUUUGCGUGGUGGUGGUAGAGAGUGAGUGAUUGUAUUUCUGUGGUGGAUUAGGGGGUGGCUCUUGUUCGGAGGUGUAGGGCGAGAGUUGAAAUUUGGUAAUCGACAGUGACGAUUGAGUUGGAGGUUUAUAAAGACGGAUUCGCUUGUUUUUGGCGCGGAAGGCGUUUGUGGAGCGGAUUGGAGCGGAGCACGAGUCCGUGUUUUUUUUUUUUUUUUUUUUUUUUUUUCUCUUCCCCCCCCCCCCCCCGCUGGAAAUGAGUUAGUGAGGGUUAGAAGAAGCGUUCGAGUUGGAUGUCUUGGGACAUGCCUGGAGUAGGAGGGAAGGGGUUGAGAAUGUUCAUGUGCGAGUGAGGGGAGAGGCAGGAACUGCAAGCCAUCAGGUGGUUGUUCUGCCGGAAAAAAUGAAGAGGCAAGGGUCGUACGAUGAGGCAUUAGUGAAAGUGGAGAGUGCAGCCGGGGGCGGACAGGAGGCUGCUGUGGCUUCGGGAAAGGAGGGACGGCAUGACACUCCUCGCGUGAAGCGAAGAGACGGGGGUUCAGGUUCUCAUGGAAUAGAGCGAGAUUUUACAAAGGGCGUAGAAGAUGUAAGACGGCGAGAUAGUGCUGUUUCAGGACAGAGGAAGAGCGCAAUUGAACGGGAGCCUGAUGGGAAAGACGAUAGUUCUAAAGCAAGAAGUUCCAAAGGAGCAGCAACUGGAUCUACGGCAACCGAAAACGGGGGCCAGAGUCACAUUGGACGGUUGGGAACCAAGUCCGGAAGCUCCAAACCUACAGUUCCCUCGGGUAGAGACGAAAAGGAGGGAGAGGAAGUGGACACUAAUACACAGAGCUCUCCAAUCGAGAAUGAGAACGAGGGUCGCAAGGCAUUGGUAGGAACCAAGAGGGCGAAUGUAAGGAGAGAAGAGGACGAGGCAGGGUUGGAUAAAAACCGUGAAAGAGAAGAGGGUGAACUGGAGCCAGAAGUUGAGGCAUCGCCUGAUAAUGGCCACAAGCACGAACAGGCUCAAGACCUUGUCAAAGAAAAAACCAAAGAAAACGAUGUUGUUGAGAAGUCCGAGCAUGACCGCGCGGAGGGAUUGGCAGACGAGCCAAUGAGAAUAGAUAAGAAGGAUGCGCCAACCACGGUGAAUAUGGAAGUGUCGGAGACUGAGGCUCGUAUUCAGGUCAGAGAAAGCCCAGAACAGCAAGUAACUGAGCCCGUGGCUGCUCAGGAAGUUUUAGAAAAAGCACACUGGGAUCUAAAGCUCUCUGUAGAACAAGAUCAAAUAGAAACAGAGAGUAAAGAGUUUCUAGACGAAGGGAAUUCGGAAAGACUGCGGCGAGCAAGUGUACACGACAGAGACUUCACACUGGGAUCCUCCAAUGAAGAAAACCCUUCACGACGAGAAAGUAGUGAGCAAGCAGGAACGAAUCCUGCUGGAAUUUUUUUUAUGAGAUUAAGCGGAAGUGGACGGGACAGAGAGGAAGCAAAAGGAGAGGAGAAGCAGGUAGAGAAAAAGCAGCGGGUAGAGGAUGGUGCACACCUUUCGCUUGCCCUGCCUGACACUUCUCUUUCCCUCUCUUCUGGGGACCCCCGCAGCCGAUCCUACAAGCAGCGUCGAGCUCAUUCGCAUCCUUCCCAACAGGCACCCACCCAGACAUAUUCUAGGGGUUUUACUGAAUCUCUUUCCCUCUCGCAUUCACAGCCUUUCCAUCACAACCCAAGCUGCUCGCUUACUCAAACAUCUAUGGAGAAGACGGAGCUUUCAAGCGGUAGCCAGCAAAUCUCCGUCGGAAAGGAGCAAGCGUCAUAUGGUAGCUGGAGGAAUUCCCAUGGCAGUCAGGGAAACGAAGCGGGGUUAGCAGCAGGAGGUUAUGACAGGCGAAAAUCAAAGCCAUUGUAUCAUACAGUGCUUAAGAACCCCCAAAUCCUGCAAGGUGCUCUUGGUAGUGAGCGCUCUAGGGGACAGGGUAGAGAACGAGGGUACGAGAGUGUCGAUAACUCUCAAGGUAGUCAUCAAGUUCCCGCGUCAGACCGUGAAAUGCAUGCCACACAGUCCCACGAUGCAAGGCGUGCAAUGCGAAGGGAACACAAACACAAAAGUCGGCAUGUAGAGGCCGGGGAAGUCUGGUCCUCGCCAUCACGUAGUGGAGACUCCAGGGAGCCUCAACCUCAUUCAAAAGGGGAAAGGAAUUCUUUCGGACAGAGAGAGAGAGAAGUAGCAGGAGUAGACAGGGAGUUUACGAGCAUAGAAAUGCAAGAUAUCGUGUCAGAGCCCAUUCCAUCCAUGGCCCUCAAGCUGCAGGAGCUUCCCGACAGCUUCCUGGCUGGGUUGAAGGAAAGCUUGCGGGACAUGCUGAACAGCAUUGAGAAGCGAGAGCAAUUUGUUCAACUGCAGCAAGCGCUUGCAGCUCGGACAGACCUAACCACCGACGUCCUAUUGCUAGCUCAUCGGAUCCAACUGGAGUUGUUAGUUGCUGUGAAGACGGGGAUAUUGGCCUUCUUACAUUCUGACAUUCCUAUGACCCACUCAGCAUUGGUUGAAGUUUUCCUACAACAACGAUGCCGCAAUUUCGCCUGUCAAAAUCAGUUGCCCGCAGAUGAGUGUGAUUGUAAGCUGUGUGCUCAAAAGGCAGGGUUUUGCAACUCCUGUAUGUGCGUAGUCUGCUCUAAGUUCGACUUUGAUGCCAAUACAUGCCGUUGGAUUGGUUGUGAUUUCUGUCUCCAUUGGUGCCACACGGAUUGCGGAAUCCGCAUGUCGUACAUAACUCCGGGCCCCAGCAUUCGGGGUGCAGCUGGGACCACAGAGAUGCAAUUUCACUGCAUUGCAUGUGGUCAUACAAGUGAGCUCUAUGGGUUUGUGAAGGAUGUAUUUUGCACGUGUGCUCCGGAGUGGGGCAGGGAUGUCCUGGCUAGGGAGUUGGAUUGCGUGCGUCGUAUUUUCCAUGGAAGCACUGAUACACGAGGAAAGCAAUUGUGCUCCAAAGCUGAAAUGAUACUGCAGCAACUCAAUUCUCAGGUGGACACUGCAGUUGCCUGUCGCAGCAUGAUCAAGUUCUUUGAUGAGAGUGCUGCUUAUGGGUCGACAUCGAGCCAAGCACAAUCGACACCGUUGUCUGUGGAAACAAAGAAGUUGCCUUCAUCAUCAUUUGAUAAUAAGCAGACGAGCACACAAACAACGCUUGAAAUAGCCAAGGAAGCCUUGGCAACAUAUGACAGUGAACUGGAACAGAAGAGACAAGAAGCAUCAGAGCUCCAGCAGGAAAGGGAGCGCAAGAAGGCUCAGAUAGAAGAGUUGGAGAGCAUCGUUCGAAUCAAGCAGGCAGAAGCGAAGAUGUUUGCACUGCGAGCGGAUGAGGCACGGCGUGAAGCUGAAGGUUUGCAUCGUAUUAUGUUGGCUAAAGCUGAUAAGAUUGAAAAGGAAUAUGAUGGAAAGCUUUCGAAGUUGGGGAUAGAAGAUGCCGAAGAGCGUUGUCGCAAACAUCAUGACACAGUUCAAGUGUUAAAUCAAGCCCAGAUGGACUUCCAUGCCAUGAAUUUUCCGUUGUUAAAUGAGCUCCAUGAGCUUUUAAAGCAACUUGAGGCAUCUAAACGGCACAAUUGGAAAUAGAAAUUGUGUAGCUGGUACACAUUCAAGAAUUUGGGAGGGGACAUCGGAAUGAGAUGUUACAGUAUCAAACAAACCCUAUCAACUGCAUUCUCAUGUAUCUAGGAUUACCCUGUACAGUAGAGGUUGUUCAUACUCGUCAACGCUUAUUGAAAGGUGCGCAAUGAACGACAAGAUCGAAGCCUUUCAUCUUGACAGCAUGUGUCGGACGUCAAAAUUGAAGGGCUGGACUCGUCUCGCUAAUUAGAUGCACGCUGUUGCAAAAUCUUCCUGUUCA